GUUAGUAACCCUCAAACUAAAAAUGGUGGAUCAGCCUUUGCCUAAAACCCUCUCUCAAGUCUCAAGAGUUUAGUCGCUAAACAGCCUGCGUAUAUCAGUCGAUAAGCAAGCUUCGCCGCCGGCUAACCUUUCAGCUUUCUCUCCCUAGUUCCUCCAACUCAAGCCAUGCAAUUAUCUGGUUUAGCUCGCCGAGCUUCUAGGGUUUGCAAAGCACGUAUACUCUUUAAUGUUCUCAUCGUUGAGGAUGCUUCUCUGUAUUCCUCUUCUCAGUGCAGAAAUUUCCGCACUCUCCCUCUCCAAAAUGUUACUUCUGCAGGAAUAGGCUGCUUGGAUGGCGGACGUGUUUUGCCUAGUGACUUGCGUUACCAGUGGCAGAAUCCUAAUCAUUCCGUGCCUCAUACGAUGUCUUUUUGUUCAGCUCCGGCUGCCGGCAGCGAUACUGUGAAGGAAGUGUAUGAUAGAAUUGUUGAAUCUAUUAAGGUCAAAAGAUCUGCCCCUCCAAAUGCAUGGCUAUGGUCCCUUACUGAGAAAUGUAAAAGCCGGGAUGACAUCAAACUUCUAUUUGACAUUUUGCAGCAGCUUCGAGUAUUUCGAUUGUCAAACCUCCGGAUCCAUGAUAAUUUUAACUGUAACUUAUGCCAAGAAGUUACAAAGGCAUGUGUUCGAGCUGGGUCUGUGGAUUAUGGAAAGAAAGCAUUAUGGAAACAUAAUGUUUAUGGGUUGACUCCUACUAUUGGAUCUGCCAACCAACUCUUGUCUUAUGCAAAGGCGGAAAAAGAUGUUAAGCUCAUGGUGGACAUAAUGUGUCACCUGAAAAAGAAUAAUUUACUGUUACAGCCCGCAACAGCAGAUAUUGUUUUCAGCAUUUGUUAUGAUGCUGAUAAUUGGGAGCUAAUAUCCAAGUACUCCCGAAGGUUUGUCAAGGCUGGAGUCAAAUUGCGAAAAACUACAUUUGACAUUUGGAUGGAAUUUGCUUCCAAGAGAGGUGACCUUGAGUCGUUGUGGAAGAUUGAAAAAUCAAGAUCAGAUAUGUACAAGCAGCACACUAUCAAGGCUGGGUUUUCUUGUGCUAAGGGAUUCUUGCUUGAGCAAAAGCCUGAUGAUGCUGCUUCUGUAAUUCAAGUUGUAAAUCAGAAUUUUUGUGAAUCAAAAAGGCAAGAUAUUUUUGAUGAACUUCAAAAGCUGGUCAGUGAGUGGCCUGCAGAGGUCAUGAGGCAUCAGAAGCAGGAAGAUAGAAAGGCAUUAAUUGCUUCAUUAAAGGCUGAUAUUCCUCUUAUGCUUAACUCCCUCACUAACAUGGGUGUGAAGUCAAGUGUCAACUUGGAAGACUGGAAUAUAGAAGAGCCCUUGUCAUGUUAGCUACAAUCUAGGUGACUGGUUAAGUGGAGACGAUAUGAUCAUCAUCAUUUGUUGCAUAAAGAUUGGGAUUUUCACGGCGUCGAUACUGCUACAGUAAUUUGCUUGUGGCUAAAUGCUCAGCUAAGCUACUCUGUUCUCAGCUGCAGUGUGUUCGCUUUAAGUAAUUUUAGAAUCUCUGGACAAAAAAGCGAUUCUGCCCCGAUGAUCUUCAGGAUGAGACUGGGGAGAUUCACAGUAAUGGAAGAGGUAAGAGGUGGAAGAUGGGUCAAUUUUAUACCUCUACAAUCUAUGCAUUGGGAUUUACUGUUAACGCUAGGUCAUCUUCUAUUUCAUAUUGCUCUGGUGCAGGUCUGCUGUCGAAAUUUUUAUUUUUUUGUUUCUUAUAAGUCGUUGACAUAAGUUCAAGCAUGGUUCAUGCUGCACAAGAUAAGACCGAACUAUUAUGGGAAUUCAUUGCUUCUGUCCGUGGCAUAAAUAAUAUGAAUGCCAUGUUUGAUAUAUUAUUCAGUAGAUUAUAUCA